GUCCUCCUCGUCGUCGUCGUGAAACGAAACGAAACGGAGCGGAUGCAACGGGAUCGCGCGAGGAAUUUCGCGCCUGACGUUUACCACGCGACCGUUAUUCUCUCGCCGAGACGAGCAACGAGAACAGCUGGGCGAACGUCAGAUUCCUCGUCGACGUCGCGCGACCCCGCCCGUCUCUCCCCCGCGAGUCGUGGUUCCGAGAAAUCGGAGCAGAAAGAAAGAGAGAGGGGGAGAGAGAGAGAGAGAGAGAAAGGAGGAUACGUGCGAUACUUGGCGAAAUUGACGUAGUGUAUAUCUACCUCGAGGAUCCCUCCGAGGAUCGAUCAUAGAGAAAAGCAGUACAAUUUGUUAAAGGAAGGUGUACAUCUUUAUCUCCAUCAAUUCUAGGCUUUUGUUGUGAUUCGGAGUAUUUGGAAGUUUUCUAUAUUUCUGGACAAGUCUCUUCGUCAACGACACCAGCGAUAUUUCAUUAGUCAAGAAUGGCAAUGCAGAAGAUGAGAAGACAAGGUCAAGACGUCAUGCAGGUGAAUCUGGCAGGAAUCAGGCGAGAUAUUAUGAAUCUUGCCCAUAACUACAGCAAUGCUCAGAAAGCUGUACGAAAAGCUACCAGCAAUGAUCCAUGGGGUCCAAGCAGUACACUUAUGGCGGAAAUUGCUGACUUAACAUACAAUGUUGUAGCAUUUACGGAAAUUAUGCAAAUGCUAUGGAAAAGAUUAAAUGAUCAUGGGAAAAACUGGCGACACGUAUAUAAAGCCCUAGUUCUCUUAGAAUACCUUAUUAAAACGGGAAGUGAAAAGGUAGCGCAGCAGUGCAAAGAGAAUAUUUUUGCCAUUCAAACCUUAAAAGAUUUUCAAUAUAUGGAUGGGCAUAAAGAUCAAGGAAUUAACGUGAGGGAAAAAGCAAAACAAUUAGUGGCCUUAUUAAAAGAUGACGAGAGAUUGAGAAAUGAGCGAGCUAGAGCAUUGAAAGCAAAGGAGAGAUUCGCACAAUCAGUUAGUGGCUUUGGAAGUGAUGGUUUAGAUACUAUGUCACCUGUUAGUAGUGAUUUUCAAGAUUGGGAACCUUGUCACUUAUCCGAUUUAUCGACUAGACGUGCAACGGAACUGGAAGCCGCUAGACCGCAAACGGUAGGCGAAGAAGAGUUACAACUACAGCUGGCCUUGGCUAUGUCCAGAGAGGAAGCGGAGCAGGAGGAGCAAAGAAGACGCAGUGACGAUGUUAGAUUGCAGUUAGCUCUCAGUCAGAGUCAGCAAGAUUUUAAAACUCCGCAAUCCGAAAAGCAAAGUCAUAUGCUUGAUUUACUCGAUGUAAAUCUUGGGGAAGCGAGCGGUCCUUCAGUACAAACUGAUCCUUGGGGUAUCCCGGUAACACCACCAAAACCACAGCCGCAGAAUGACCCAUGGAGCGUUCCAACAACGAGUAGCGCGUCACCUGCGGUAGAUCCGUGGACGCCCGUUCCUCCACAACGACCAAGAUCUUCAGCGGCCGCUAUCGAUCCAUGGCGUGCACCUGCUCCGUCUCCUGCUACAGUCGUAUCCCCUCCUCGCAUAAACGAUCCUUGGUCACCAGUAUUCGCUGCUGGUACUAAUGAAUCGGAGACAAGCAAAGUGCAGGCAGCUCAAGAUGACAUAACAUCCUCAUCACCAGCUUUCAACAAUUCAACCUUGACACAGAAUAUCGGCUUUGCCGCGCAAUCGCCUCAGAAUAUAGGAUUCAAUUUGCCGCCGGUGUCUUCGGUUACCACUUUUAGUACUACUACCAAUGGUUUUAAUGGCACAGGACCAGGUUUUAAUAAUUUUUCCACUCAAAACAACGGUACUGCCGCCGCGACGAGUCCGCUUAGCGAUUUAGACGAAUUUGAUGUGAUUACCAACAGGGGAAAACUCGGAGCCAGUCCACAGACGGUUAAUAAUGGUGCUACUACAACAUCAGGGGACCCUUUUGAUCUGGAAAGCAUGGCUGAAAAUCUUUCUGCUAGUACUGGUGCUGUAAAGAAGACACCACAAUCCUUUUUAGGGGAGAACUCGGCGCUCGUUAAUUUGGACAACCUUGUUAGUGCUUCGGCAAUUAAACCUACGGCUCCCACGCCUGCAGCAACUGUGUCAUACGCAGCAAAUCCAUUUGCAACUGUGACUCCACCACCCCGUCCUUCAAUCAAUCAGAUUCGACAGGAUCCAUGGACAGCGAAUACAACUUCUGUGGCUAAUCCGUUCCUCUCGUAGCCUGAUCGAUUAAUCGAAAGCUUCAUAGUUAUUGCGAUUUACGAGACGUGGUUUGCAAUUCUACAUGUAACUAUGUACGGUAUAGAUUUCGGUUACAACGGCAAAACAUGAUUUUAAUUAUAUAGCAAUUAUGCAUGGAGAGACGCAAAUAAGAUCAAUGUGAGACAAAGAAAGCAUUUUCAUUGAUGAAUAUUUUAUCAAUAACUUCAAGCAUUACUUUUCGAUGGAUUAUAUUAUUGCAACACACUUAUAUUCGUUAUACAAGUUUUUUCCUUUUUUGCAUGUAUUACUCGCUUUUUAAAGUUUAUCGUGGAGUAAUCACCUAAACAACACUAACAAGUAGAGUGUGGCAUACGCGUAGUUAAGAAAAUUGGGUGAUUAAAAGAGAUACAAUACAUAAAUCAUGUUUUAACUCAAAACGCUUAAACGAUCCCAAGGUGGCGACUGGAUUUUAUAUAUAUACACUCCUUUCUCUAUAUAAUCUAUAUUUUCUAUGUGUAUGAAUUGAUUCGAAGGAAGAUUGCUCGGCAAUAUCAUUUUUGCUGCUGGGAGAGAAUGUAACGUAACGCUGGCGUUGAGAUCAGUUUAUGCGUUUUAUAUUUGUACACACGUUUUCUAUAGUAAAAAAAAAAAAAAAAACCCAACAAAACGAGAUCGUGAGACUGUAAUCGUAAUUUGCAAAAGCACUAUUAUAUAUCGAACAUAAUUCCGUUCGCUGUUAUACGCUUAAAAUGUGUCGAUUAUAAACAAAUCAAUGUUGUGGCUUGCUUUCUCAAAAAA